AGGAUUAUCAAAGUGCAUUUACCCUCCUCAGAUUUUUAAGUUACCUGUUGGCACAUGGCACAAAGUUACCAAGGCACCUGCCGUUCUGCGCCGCUUGUUUCUUGCUGAACUCUUUGGAUGGAUGGGUUUCAUGUGCCACAACAUGUUCUUUACGGAUUUUGUAGGCCAGUACAUGUAUGGUGGACAGCCGGAUGCUCAGGAACACACGAAGUUAGCAGUCCUUUAUGAUGAAGGCGUUCGCAUGGGAUCCUGGGGACUCUUCCUCCACAGCCUCACAGCUUGUAUGUAUGCAUUUUUCAUACAGCAACAUAUAGUUCGUCUUGUAGGCCAUCGAACAGUAUUUAUUGGUGGCUUGCUGAUGUUUGCAUUGACUAUGGCAGCAACUAUUGUAUCUCCAACGAUGCCUUUCCUCAAUGUUGUAACAGCUUUGUCUGGGAUUGGCUUUGCUGCCCUGACAUCUACCCCAAACAUGCUUGUUACCUUGUAUAAUUCGGACAGGCAGUUGUAUAUGUGGGACAACAACAACAGCAGCGCAGAUAUACAGGAGGAAAAGGGCCUGGGAACCGAUGUGGCCGUACUGGACAUUGCUUACUUUUUGGCUCAAAUCAUCUUGUCAAUCUUCAUGGGCCCUCUCGUUGACUUGACAGGCUCUGCCUUGCCUUACAUGGUGGUAUCAGCUUUGACAGGGGUCGUUGCGGUGUAUUGCAGCACACGUGUGGUGUUUACCGAUCAGCAGCUAAUGCAACUCAGGGCUGGAACUUUUUAACUUGUCAGCACCAAAGGGGCCUUGAAAAGUCUUUUUGUGAUAAGAUAACCAUAAUUGUAUCUUCAGUUGUGUUGGUUUUUUGUAAUGUAGUUUUAAUUGAAGUUAUAGAUACCUGGUUUAUUUAUAAUACAGUAAAGUGAAUUCAGAGCAGAAGCAUUCGCACAAAAAAGAUUCUUAGACCUGCUAGGGAGUGUUUAGUUUGUAGGUUUUAGGAAAAGGAUCAGUGGAUUUAUAUUUCUCAAGUAUUUUUAUACAAAAUUAAAAAAAAAAUUUUGAA